UAAAAUGCGACAAGCCAAGCUGUCUGAACUCAUUCAUUCGUCGCAAGGUUUUAAUGAUUUGGAUUAUUGCUCCGUUGAGCCCGGAUCGGAUGAUUUUGAAAUUAUUCCUCAGUCAAAUUUAAUUAUUUCGCGUCAAGCGUUUCGUAAUAACGCUAGUAAAUAUUUCAUUAACGGGCGACAAAGUAAUUAUAGCGAAGUAACAACUUUGUUGAAAGAUAGGGGUAUAGAUUUAGAUCAUAAACGAUUUCUAAUUCUUCAGGGCGAAGUUGAAUCAAUAGCACAGAUGAAACCUAAAGCACCAAAUGAACAUGAGGAUGGUCUUUUGGAAUACCUUGAAGAUAUAAUAGGAACGUCCAAGUAUAAAGCCCCUAUAGAAGAUGCGAAUGAUAAAAUAGAAAAAUAUAAUGAAGAACGAUUAGAAAAAUUACAUCGUGUAAAAAUUGUUGAAAAGGAAAAGCAGGGCCUAGAGGCCAAAAAGAAAGAAGCAGAGGAUUUCCUCAGAGAAGAAAAUACACUGGCUAUGAAAAG